UCCCAGCUUCAUAAAUUUUUGACAGCAACAGAUUAUAUGGAAGCCCCUGAGAGACAGAGAGUCAUUUCCAUCCUCGCAUUCUGUGCUGAGAGCCACUUGGACCUCACCCUGAACGCACUUCAGGAGUUUGGGGCUGCAAUGAGCAAGGUGAAGAUUUCUGGGUUCAUCAGCCGCCUGAAGGACUACUACCAUGGGAGAAGAGGCAAGACUCGCAGCACCCUGAUGCUGACUUACAGCAACGUGGCUGUCCAUGCUCCAAAAGACCAGCUUCUCUCCCGGGUAGAGGCAGACAUCACAGGGAACAUCCUUCUCCAUUACAGAGCCAGUUGUCAGGUGCUGGGCAUCACUGUUGCGAACAAGGUACAUUCUAAAUAAUCUGCCCUCUGCUUUUGCGUUUUCUAUACACAAGUUGCUUGUUUAAAUUGCACGAAGCUU